AUGGGUUGUACAGAGCUUGGGCACCAAGGAAUCGGUGGUCUGAAGAGCUUACAUGUGAUUGUGAUGAAAUCGCCACUUUCUCCAUCUCCACUACAUAUGAAAAUAUGGGUAGAAAAUUUCGAGGGUGUCCUAACUAUUAGAACAAAAGAAAGUGAUUUUUUCUUGUGGCUUGAUCCACCACUGCCAAAUAAUCACUACAAGGAAACAAUGUGGAAUUUUUAUGUUGAGUUGGAACAAGCAAAUGAAGCUAAAGAAUGUCAGAGAAUAAUGUUGAAACUUUUGAAGGUGGUGGUGAUCAUGUUGUUGCUUCUUCUGGUGAUGGUGACUUUAUUGGGUUUCAUGGUUCACAAAGUGAUGGUUCAAAUAGGUUAA